CAAUUUCUGGGGUCCUGCGUAUCAAGCGUCAUAUGCAUACCGAGUAUCAUAUAGCUUCCCUCCUGCCUAUUACGAAGUCUGCCUUUAACCUGAAUCUCGCGCCGCUUCCUGAGGAUCGAUUGCAGGCAGUAGCGUCUCUCACCCGAAGGGCAAAAAUGGUGAAUGUUCCUAAAACAAAGAAAACAUAUUGCAAGAACAAAGAAUGCCGGAAGCACACCUUACAUAAGGUUACUCAGUACAAGAAAGGAAAGGAUAGCCUUGCUGUCCAAGGCAAGAGACGGUACGAUCGGAAGCAAUCAGGUUACGGAGGACAGACGAAGCCUGUUUUCCACAAAAAGGCAAGUCUACAAUUUAUAGAUUAUGGGAUUAGAUUAUCCAUGGAUACAACGUGAAUGCAUUUUUGACAUGAUUCUGGGUUUUUCAGGCCAAGACAACGAAGAAGAUUGUGCUAAGGCUACAGUGCCAGAGCUGCAAACAUGUUUCCCAGCAUCCCAUCAAGCGAUGCAAGCACUUUGAAAUUGGCGGGGACAAGAAAGGAAAAGGAACAUCUCUUUUCUAGGUCUAUUUCAUAACACUUAUUGGUUCUUAUUAUCCAAGGGACCUGUUCACAUUGGAUAUUCUAAGUCCUAUCAAUCCCUUUGUUUGUGGAAUUAAUUUGGAGUAGUGGAUUUGGAUUUGAACCA